AUGAUUCCGUUUGGUGAACUGUCACCAGAGCUCCGAGAAAUGGUGCUGCAACACGUCGGAGUGGCAGAAAAACUUGAGUUGAUGAGGUGCCACCAAUAUUUUCGCGACCACGUCUUCAAGAAUGGACCGUUUCCUCAGAAAGUCCACAAACUGACCGUGUCACGCGUACCGAGGGCUCCAAAAGCAAAGAUGCCCGAGCACGACGAUAUUCUUCUCGAAAUCCAAACAACGCCCGAGGAUUUCAUCGGCUUCAUGGUGUCUCCACAUAACAUUAGAAAAAUGAUGUUGUUUUUUCAUGGAAAUCAGAGAAACCUAAGCAAAUUUCAAACCGAGCACAAGAAAACCGUUUUCGCGCUUAUUGGAAAGAUCAAGUUUUGCGAACGAAUCAUCAUCGACUAUCGAGUGGAUAUCGCCAAUCAAUUUGUUUUCGACAAGUUCGCGCAGCUGGCCGAUUGCCUCAAGUUGAAGCGUCAUCAGCAAAGAAUGAUCUACGAUUUCGCACUCCAGGCCCCGUUUCCAGUGGUUCGUCAAUUUCUCAACAAACUCGAGGGAAGGGUCCUCAAUUCAUGCAUCGUUUCAUUGACUCAUUUUGAUGAUCCGCGGUGUUGGCUUGUACGCAAUGCGCCUGAUGCAGAAAUGGUUGAAGUGGUUAAAAAAUACUUCGAGAAUAUACUGCAGAAGCCGGUGCUUUCCGAUUGUCGAAUGUUUGCGUCAACCAAUUUUAUGGACCUCUAUUCGAAUGGUUUGAAAAAGGCUAACAAUCGAAUGAUUUGGAGUCGCGAAGAUACAGUUGGGAGCUUUUUUGGAGCUGUUGAAACAAUUUUAGAAACGGGUCUUCCAAAUGACGAUGCACUCUACGUUAUAAUGACAGGACAGUUGCAGUGCUAUACAGAAAGCAUUUUGGAGAUGCACGCUACCGAAAUUGGCGGACUGUUUUCUUUCGAAAAGGUGGGUUUAAAUUCAAUUGAAGCCAAAUACAUGAUGAAACUCAUCGCUGACCCGAAGAAACACGAUUGUCACUUUUGGAAUGCUUUUAACUGGUCAUGUUUUGAUGGAUACCGAGAUUUUGAGCUUGACUUUUCCGGAAAAGCUAAGUAUUUCUACAAGAAAAGGAUUGAUUCCAUUGGGAAAACGUGCGUCAUCAUGGUCUCAUUCCAGGAUAUUCUCGAAAACGCGCAAAUGAUGAUUCAUCUUUUCAAGUAUUUGCCCGAA